AAUAACUCAGUCUUGCGCAGUGUUAUUUGAACUCUGAUAUAGACAAUACAUAACAAAUAUUGUUUUUUUUUUAUUUUAGUUUACUCUGUGUGUGUUAACUCCAAAUAAGGUUCUUUAAAAAAAGACAUAAAAUACGUAUUUCUUGUGAUCAUGUUACUCCUGCUUUGGACGGUGAUUUUUAUCGCCGCUCUUACAUUGUACUUCCGCCGUGUAUACUCAAGAUUCAGCAAACAUGGUGUGAAGCACUUCAGACCUAUCCCACUGCUAGGCAAUAUGGCCAGAAUCGUGUUGAGGCUCGACCAUAUGGCGCACGAUUUAAAUAGAUAUUAUAACAGUUUCCCUGAUGAGAGGUUUGUGGGCCAAUAUGAGUUUCUUAAACCAAUCUUAAUAAUAAGGGACUUGAAACUUAUAAAACAAAUUGCUGUCAAAGACUUCGAAUACUUCUUGGAUCAUCGAACUAUGGUCGACCAAGACAACGAUCCUUUCUUCGGGAGAAACUUAUUCUCUAUGAAAGGCCAAGAAUGGAAAGAUAUGCGAUCGACUUUAAGUCCAGCGUUUACCAGCUCUAAGAUGCGUCUGAUGGUGCCGUUCAUGGUGGAAGCCGGAGAGCAGAUGAUACAAGCUCUAAAAACAAAGAUUCAAGAUACAAAAGGUCACUAUAUAGAUGUCGACUCUAAAGAGCUGACGACUCGAUUCGCCAAUGACGUGAUUGCAUCUUGCGCUUUUGGCAUUAAACUCAACUCGCACAAGGAAGAGAACAAUGAGUUCUAUCAGAAAGGCAAAGAUGCAGCCCAAUUCAAUUUUGUACAAUUCAUAAAAUUUAUCGCAUUCAACUCUUUUCCGAUGAUAAUGAAAGUAUUAAAAAUUCGAUUUUUCAGUUCGAAAACGUCUAGUUUCUUUGAAAACUUAGUACGAGAUACAAUGAUUUAUCGAGAGCAACAUAACAUCAUCAGACCUGAUAUGAUACACCUACUUAUGGAAGCUAAGAAAGGGAAAUUGUCCCACGACAAUGGAGUCACACGUGACGCCAAUGCUGGAUUCGCCACGGUGGAAGAGUCGUCAGUCGGAAGAAAUGUUGUGGACAGAGCUUGGUCAGAAAACGACAUAAUAGCCCAAGCGGCCAUAUUCUUCAUAGCUGGAUUUGAAGGAGUGUCCACAAUAAUGUCGUUAGCAUUGCACGAACUGGCCAUAAACCCUGAUGUUCAAGAGAAUCUGGUGGAAGAAAUUAGAGAAAACAAUGCCAGGAAUGAAGGCAAAUUUGAUUAUAACAGCGUACAAAAUAUGAAAUAUUUAGAUAUGGUUGUUUCUGAAGUGCUUAGACUAUGGACUCCAGCCGUUGGAUUUGACAGAAUCUGCGUUAAAGACUAUAACAUGGGAAAACCAAACAGCAAAGCUACUGAAGAUUACAUCAUCCGCAAAGGUGAAGGCAUUAUGAUACCGGCAUGGGCGUUCCAUCGGGAUCCAAAGCUGUUCCCGGAUCCAUUGAAAUUCGACCCGGAGAGGUUCUCUGAGGAAAAUAAACACAACAUUGUUCCUUCUUCUUAUUUGCCGUUUGGAAUUGGCCCUCGGAACUGCAUUGGUUCACGAUUCGCGUUGUGCGAAUUGAAAGUAAUGCUGUACCAAGUGCUACAGCACAUCGAAGUGACGCCGUGUGAUAGAACCCCUGUACCAGCAGAACUCGCAACGGGAACCUUCAACAUUCGGAUCAAAGGGGGCCACUGGGUACGGUUGAAAGUGCGACAGAGCUAAACAGAUUGGCUUUUGUUCAUCAUUAUAAAUUGUGUAUUUUUUUUUAAAUGGAUUAGAAUGGAAUGUUAACCCCGCCUGCGCUAUCGGUAUACGCUGGAUAGUUUGUGCAGUCCACUGCUGGACAUAGGAACACAAAAUGUUGACAAUGUUGCUGUAGUUUUCAAUAGUUUUGUUUAAUAUCGUAUUGUUUAAUUUAAUAUUGUUUAAUGUUGUGUUUCCUUCACUUAUAUUAUAUUUGUGCAAACUUUAGUGUCUACCAAAUUACUAUUUAAGUAUAUAAUUAUGUAUUGUUCUAGCUGUUUGUUUGCCUUAAAUAAAUAAAUAAAUAAAACACGCCACCGAAUGCAAUCAACGAGUUACCAAAAUCAAUUCAGAACUGACGACCCAAUCGAAUAACAUAGCCAUAUAAAAAAAAAAAACAAUUAAUUUAAGAAUCUUCUCGUUUUGUAAAUCUCAUAAAAGUCUAAUAAAAUGUCUUACAUUAUGUA